AUGGAUCUCUUACCUGCUGGAUGGAAGGACAUAUUACGUCCAAUCCGCGACGGCUUUCGAGAUGGCUUUGGCAGAGCUCCGCGCGAUCCCAGUCCUACUCCACGUGAGCGACGCCAGCAAAGAAGCCUUGACGCAUUGAAGGGGUUUGCUUAUUUCGACACUUUCGAUCAAGUUCAAGACUGGUCGGCUGAGUCAGUGGAUCCUUUACAGACUGCAAAUACACCCUUGAUCAAGUCAACAUAUGAAGCAGCUUGUGAGGAACCGCGUGCGCGAAUUCUUCUGUGCCAUGAUGCCAGCGGCAAUUACCAUGACUAUGAAGCUGUCCAGGGCUCAAUCCUGAGUGACGAGGAAUAUACUUGCGAGCACUUACAGUCUGUUGAUGUUUUUGUAUAUUUUUCACACAAGCUCGCAUGUACACCUCCCUCUACCUGGACCAAUCAUCUCCACAGAAAUGGUGUAAAGGUUCUUGGGACCCUGCUUGUUGAGAGAGACCUUCCCGGCUAUGAGGGAAUAUUAGAAUCAUGGCAGAGCUUAUCGGUAGACGGGGAGAAGACACACUACCCACUCGCUCACCAACUUGCUAGUAUGGCUAGUGUUUAUGGCUUCGACGGCUGGCUUGUCAAUCUGGAGCAUCCGUUUCCCAGACGCCAUUGGAACCUACAUGCUUUGUUAGGCUUCCUCGAGCAACUGAAGACGGACAUGAAGGAGCACUGUGAACUUGUCUGGUACGAUGCUCUAACCGCCACCAAUGAAGUGAACUACCAGAACAGACUCAGCCUUCGCAACCUAGCGUUUGCCAAAGCGGCGGGGUCUAUCCUGACCAACUACCGCUGGACUGGGGAGGGUGCAUCGAGCUCCAUCAAACUGGCUCAGGAGCAUCAGAUACCACUCUCGAAUAUUUUCUUCGGAAUCGACGUUUGGGCUCAAAACACUCACACAACAGGCCCCAAACGCGUGACGUAUCCCUCGAAAGGGGGUGGGGGCACGAACACCGGUCUUGGCGUUGCCAAACUCGCAGAACUGAAUUUGUCCGCCGGUAUCUUUGCGCCAGCUUGGUCAUUCGAACACUUUCCUUCUCAGGGGAGGAAUGUAGAGAAGGCUAUGUGGCAUGGGACAGAACUUCCGCCGGAUACACAUUGUGACUGUGCAGAUGCCUCGGUCCAUCGGGAUUCAAGUUAUAAGAACAAUCCUAUCUCGCGAUAUGCGCAACAACGUCCUGCAGGUAGUUUGUCUUAUUUCUACACCGACUUCGAGCGAGGCUUUGCACCUCUGACUGAUACUCAAACAAGCUCCAUGGAAGGCAAAGGUUUCCAAUCCCGUCUCGCACACCAGUCCAUACUUCCAGAUAUCUUCACCCUGUCACAGCCUCCAGAGUGUCCCUCGUCGCCCAACUUGAUAGCACAUCUCCAACCUCAACCUUCCCGCCUCCAAAUAAUACGCCGUGAACCCUCUGGUAGGUCGGGACCAGGGGCAAACAUGAGCCUUCCACUGUUUCGAGUCUCAUUGAAAGGCUACCUACGGUUACAAGUCAAUUAUACUCUCCUAUCACCGCUGCCUCCGAACCAUAUCAUCAAAAUAUACGUCAAGUUGCGCAAGUGCCAGACUAAUAUGAUAAGCUUCGAGCUCCCUGUAGUGCCAGCACAUGAGCAAAGGCAGAUCUACACUAACAUCUAUGAAAGCUUGAAUCCAGGCCAUGAUAGGUUUGAGGCUGUCAUCACUGAGAUUGGAGUCGAAUAUAUUGUAGAUGAUGCAAAACUGGAGGAAGACGUUCCUGGACCACAGGUUGUCGACGGAAACAUUGUGGGCAGUAGAACGCCGCUGAUUGAUAUACAUAGCCUGGCUAUACUACCUCCCGGUAUAUCUAGACUAGCAUGCGAGAUUGGAGACAUUCGUGUACUGAGGCACCUCGUCGAUGAUACAGAGCAGCUGAGAUUGGCCUGGAGUUUUACCGAAUCAGACGACUGCAGAAUUGCUAUGUUGCCGCGAAGCAACAUGACCGGGCCGUUUGCACACUUUGAUGUUCGAAUCGAUGAAUUGCCUGUCCAGCGGACUUAUGCCCUCCAGUACAUUUUUCAAGCGUCCUCCGUCCAAAAACUUAGGGGUGGUGAUAAAGUAGAGGUCCAAAUUACCGGAAUUGGCUAUGAUGGACAGAUGUGCGCUAGCAAAGUCUUACAUAUAUCUCUGGGGUGA